AUGGGUAUCUUAAGUUACGCCGUCGCCGGCGGCGGUUUCGCAGUUAUCGGUGCGUGGGAGUCACUCGACUCAUCGAACCUGGAUCCGAAUCCAUCUACUGCUACUGAUCCGUCUUCCCCUGUGGCUCAGAUCACGCCGUCGCCACCCAAAUCUUCCGGAUCGUCAUUCAUCUCCGUAGCUUUGCUUUCGUCUCUGUUUAUUGCGAACUCGUUUUAUUCCAUCUUCGGCUCAAUCGGUUCCCGCGAUCGGGUCGGGUCGAUGCUCCAGUUGCAGAUUCUGGCGGUCGCAGUUUUAUUCCUAGUGUAUGCCAUUCUAGCUUAUCUGGUCAACUCCAAAAACGGUGUGUUCGUUGCUCUUCCGUCUUCGAUUACGAGCUUGUUGCUUCUCUUUGGCUUCAUCGAGGAGUUCUUAAUGUUCUACCUGCAAAAGAAGGAUACUUCUGGACUCGAGAAUCGCUACUACGAUCUCAUGCUCGUUCCCAUUGCGAUCUGCGUCUUCUCCACGAUGUUUGAGCUGAAAUCCGACGAAAACACGCGUCGAUUCGCGAAAUUAGGUCGCGGGAUCGGUCUGAUUCUGCAAGGAACAUGGUUUCUGCAAAUGGGCGUAUCGUUUUUCACCGAUUUCGUCACUAAUAACUGCUCACUCCACGAGAGGAGCAGAGGCAACUUCACGAUCAAGUGCAAAGGACACGGUGAUUAUCACCGAGCAAAAGCAAUAGCAACGCUUCAGUUUAACUGUCAUUUGACUCUAAUGGUGGUUUUAGCUACCGGAUUGUUCUCUGUUGUUGCAAACAAGAAAGGUUAUCUCCGUGAAGAUCACUCAAAAUAUCGGCCUCUGGGAGCUGAGAUGGAGAAUUUAAGUUCUUUCACUCUCGAUUCUGACGAAGACGAAGAGAUUCGAGAAGAUAGCAGCGUAGCUAAGGAACCUGGUAUUAAUGGAAUUAGCUCACACGCCUAA